AUGCCUGCCGUUCCCUCUUCACCCGAACCAAAGGCACCCAAGAACCUGGAGAUUCCUGUCCGGGAGCCAGCUUUCCCUUCAAGCCCCUCAUCCGGCGGUAUCGUCGCAUACAACGAGCUCCAGGGCUCUCGGACAAUCCUAAACGGAGCCAUGUUUUCUCCAGCUUCUGUGCAAUUGGGCUCGAACAAUGGCAGAUCCGUCUGUCUUGAGCUUGAGGACGGCACUCUUUACAAAGGAUUCAACUUUGGAGCUGAGAGGAGCAUCGCCGGAGAGCUGGUUUUUCAGACUGGUAUGGUGGGGUACCCCGAAUCCUUGACAGAUCCCUCAUAUCGAGGCCAGAUCCUAGUCAUAACAUUUCCUCUUGUGGGAAAUUAUGGUGUGCCGUCGCGUGACAAGAUGGAUGGAUUGUUAAAGGACCUACCAAAGCACUUUGAGUCGAACCAGAUCCAUGUUGCCGGCCUAGUGGUUGCGAGCUACUGUGGCGAAGCCUACUCGCACUUCUUGGCCGAGAGCUCCCUUGGUGAAUGGCUAAAGGAGCAGAAUGUUCCAGCUAUCUACGGGGUCGACACACGGGCUUUGACCAAACGAAUCAGAGAAAAGGGCAGCAUGCUUGGACGCAUACUUCUUCAGAAGAAAACACACGCGGCUCAGAGUGAUGCUAUUGAGCAGCAACUGGAAAAUUGGAGAGAAACCUAUGAAGAGGUGGAGUGGGAGGACCCUAACAAGAGGAAUUUAGUUGAUGAUGUGUCAAUCAAGGAACCUAAGCUUUAUACUCCUCCCGGGAAGCCCCUUUUACACCCGUCAGGGCGCCCUGUUCGUAUUCUCUGCAUAGAUGUUGGCUUGAAAUACAACCAAUUGAGAUGUCUUCUCUCUCGCAAUGUCGAAGUCCUCGUCGUUCCUUGGAACUACGAUUUCCCUAGACUUGCAGGCACGGAAUAUGAUGGGCUUUUUCUUUCAAACGGUCCUGGUGACCCUGCCACUCUUACUUCCACGGUUGCCCACUUGAAGGUUGCUAUUAGGGAGAAUAAAACACCAAUUUUCGGUAUCUGUCUUGGCCACCAACUUCUCGCAAGAGCAGCUGGUGCAAGCACACUGAAGAUGAAAUUCGGAAACCGCGGACACAACAUCCCCUGCACAAGCAUGCUCUCAGGGCGCUGUUAUAUUACGUCCCAGAAUCACGGUUAUGCCGUUGAUUCCAAGACUCUUCCAGAAGGUUGGGAAGAGUUGUUUGUUAACGCCAAUGAUUCUAGCAACGAAGGUAUCAGACAUGCUAGUCGCCCGCUUUUCAGUGUGCAGUUCCACCCCGAGAGCACCCCUGGACCGCGGGACACUGAGUUUUUGUUCGAUGUCUUUAUCAACACAGUGAGGGAGUGCCUUGGAUCUAAGGAUGCUCUAAACAAACCUGUCAGUUUCCCAGGCGGAACCAUUGAAGAGAAUAUCGCUGCCCACCCUCGAGUUCAUGUCAAGAAGGUAUUAAUAUUGGGCAGCGGUGGUCUCAGUAUUGGGCAGGCUGGAGAGUUCGACUACUCAGGUAGCCAAGCUAUCAAAGCGCUGAACGAAGAGGGGAUAUACACCGUUCUUAUCAACCCUAAUAUUGCCACCAUUCAAACAUCGAAGGGCCUCGCAGAUAAGGUAUAUUUCCUUCCCGUUAAUGCUGACUUUGUCCGCAAGGUCAUCAAGCGCGAACGGCCUGAUGCGAUAUAUGUCACCUUUGGUGGACAAACUGCCCUUCAAGUUGGUAUCCAGCUAAAGGAUGAAUUUGAGGAGCUCGGUGUUCAGGUCCUUGGUACACCAAUCGACACCAUUAUCACAACCGAAGACCGCGAACUUUUUGCUCGCAGCAUGGAAGCCAUUGGCGAGAAGUGUGCCAAAUCUGCCUCUGCUUCUAACCUAGAAGAAGCAAUGGAGGCUGUUAAAAACAUUGGAUUCCCAGUAAUUGUCCGCGCCGCUUAUGCUCUAGGUGGAUUGGGAAGUGGUUUUGCCGAAAGUAACGAACAACUCCGCAACCUUUGCACCAAAGCAUUCGCAGCCAGCCCUCAAGUCCUUAUAGAAAGGAGUAUGAAAGGCUGGAAAGAAAUUGAAUACGAGGUUGUUCGAGAUGCCCGCGAUAACUGCAUCACCGUCUGCAAUAUGGAGAACUUCGACCCGUUAGGAAUUCAUACCGGUGAUUCUAUCGUUGUUGCGCCUUCCCAGACCCUAUCUGACGAGGACUACAACAUGCUUCGCACUACUGCUGUCAACGUUAUUCGUCACCUCGGCGUAGUCGGUGAAUGUAACAUCCAGUAUGCCCUCAACCCUUUCUCGAGAGAAUAUUGUAUUAUCGAAGUCAAUGCUCGAUUGUCACGAUCUUCUGCCUUGGCAUCAAAGGCUACAGGAUACCCCCUAGCGUUCAUUGCGGCAAAACUUGGCCUUGGAAUUCCCCUAAACGAAAUAUCCAACUCUGUCACCAAGGUUACUUGUGCCUGCUUUGAACCUUCUUUGGAUUACGUUGUCGUUAAAAUUCCUCGCUGGGACCUAAAAAAAUUCACUCGUGUAUCGACGCAACUUGGUUCCUCGAUGAAGAGUGUAGGAGAAGUUAUGAGUAUUGGAAGGACAUUCGAAGAAGCCAUUCAAAAGGCCAUUCGAGCCAUUGAUUUCCACAAUCUAGGAUUCAACGAAACGAGUGCAUUGAUGUCCAUUAAGAAUGAACUCCAGACUCCAUCUGAUCAGCGGCUCUUUGCUAUCGCAAAUGCCAUGCACUCCGGCUAUACCGUUGAUGAAAUAUGGGAAUUGACCAAGAUUGAUAAGUGGUUCUUACGGAAACUUGAGGGCUUGAGUCAGUUCGGCAAACAAAUGAGCAACUAUACUGCUACGACCGUUCCGGUUCCACUCAUCAUGCAAGCCAAACAGCUUGGAUUCUCUGAUCGCCAAUUGGCAAGAUUUUUAAGCUCCAAUGAACUAGCGGUCCGCCGUAUUCGUGUUGAAGCAGGAAUUGUUCCUUUUGUUAAGCAAAUCGACACAGUAGCAGCUGAGUUCCCCGCAUUUACCAACUACCUGUACCUCACGUACAACGGAUCUGAGAACGAUGUGACAUUUGACGAUCAAGGUAUUAUGGUCCUUGGCUCGGGCGUUUACAGAAUUGGAUCUUCUGUAGAAUUCGAUUGGUGCUCAGUUAGAACGAUUCGUACUCUUCGGGAGCAAGGAUACAAGACAGUAAUGGUUAACUAUAAUCCAGAGACCGUCAGUACCGAUUAUGAUGAGGCCGAUCGACUUUAUUUUGAAAACAUCACCCUGGAGACAGUUCUUGACAUCUACCAGCUGGAGUCAUCCAGUGGAGUGGCAAUUUCCAUGGGUGGACAAACACCGAAUAACAUCGCUUUGCCUCUCCAUCGCCUCAAUGUUAAAAUUCUUGGAACUUCUCCUGAGAUGAUAGAUACGGCUGAAAAUCGCUACAAAUUCUCCCGUAUGCUCGACAGGAUAGGGGUUGAUCAGCCCGCCUGGAAAGAGCUUACUAGCAUUGAAGAAGCUACGGCAUUUUGUGACAAGGUUGGCUAUCCUGUUCUUGUUCGACCUUCCUACGUCCUCUCAGGAGCAGCCAUGAACACUGUCUAUUCGCAAGACGAUUUAGCCAAUUAUCUAGACCAAGCGGCCGAGGUUUCCCGGGAACAUCCUGUUGUUAUAACGAAAUAUAUCGAAAAUGCUAAGGAAAUCGAAAUGGAUGCCGUUGCCAAAAAUGGUGUUAUGUGUGGCCAUUUUAUCUCUGAACACGUUGAAAAUGCUGGCGUCCACUCCGGCGAUGCUACAUUAAUUGUUCCACCUCAGGACCUUGACCCCGAGACCGUAAGGAGAAUUGAGGAAGCAACCAGCAAAAUUGGAAAUGCCUUGAACGUUACUGGGCCUUUUAAUAUCCAGUUCAUUGCUAAAGAUAAUGAGAUCAAGGUCAUUGAAUGUAACGUCAGAGCGUCACGAUCUUUCCCGUUUGUUUCAAAGGUUAUGGGCGUCGAUUUAAUUGAGAUGGCUACCAAAGCUAUGAUCGGAAAGCCAUUUGAGGCAUACCCACCAGUGGCGAUUCCUCAACGCUAUGUCGGCAUUAAAGUGCCCCAAUUCUCGUUCUCCCGGCUUUCAGGUGCUGACCCAGUACUUGGUGUUGAGAUGGCUUCCACCGGUGAGGUUGCCUGUUUCGGCCGUGACCGUUACGAGGCCUACCUGAAGGCCCUUAUAUCUACUGGAUUUAAGCUGCCCGAGAAGAACAUCCUUGUUUCAAUGGGAUCCUUCAAAGAUAAGGUGGAGAUGUUGCCAUCUAUCACUAAACUCCAUAAAAUGGGCUUCAACCUUUUUGCAACGGCUGGUACAGCUGACUUCUUACGCGAGCAUGGCAUACCAGUUAAAUAUUUGGAGUUACUGGCAGGAGAUGGCGAAGAUCUGAAAUCAGAAUACUCUCUCACACAACAUCUAGCCAACAACCUCAUCGACCUUUACAUCAACCUUCCUUCGAGCAAUAAGUUUAGAAGACCAGCGAACUAUAUGAGUAAGGGUUAUCGUACCCGACGAAUGGCUGUUGACUACCAAACUCCGCUUGUGACGAACGUCAAGAAUGCAAAGAUUUUGAUCGAAGCCAUGUCCCGACGCUAUGAUAUGAGUGUACAGCCGAUCGAUUUCCAGACGAGUCAUCGGACCAUAUCGUUGCCUGGACUUAUUAACAUUGCUGCCUUUGUCCCAGGUAUUGCGGAGAAAGACUCCACUGACUUCCAGGCGGUUACCAAGGCAUCCAUUGCUGCUGGUUUUUCCAUGAUCCGCGUCAUGCCUGUAGGAAUAAAUAGCUUUGUCACCGACGCUCAAGCUCUGAAAUUAGCCCAGCUCAACUCUCAAAAGGGCUCCUACUGUGAUUAUAACUUUUCGGUGACUGCAACCGCCACGAAUGCAGAUCAAGUAGACCUGAUAACUAGCGAGGUUGGCUCCCUGUUCAUUCCAUUCAAUCACCUGGCCGGAAACAUCAACAAAGUUGCAACAGUCACAACUCAUUUCGCCUCGUGGCCAUCCAACAAGCCAAUCAUGACCGAUGCGAAGGGUACAGACCUUGCUUCGAUCCUUCUCCUGGCUAGCCUCCACAAUCGUAAUGUGCAUGUCAUGAGUGUUACAUCUCAAGAGGACAUCAAGCUUAUCGCCCUUAGCAAAGAAAAAGGGCUCAGAGUGACUUGUGAUGUUUCCAUCUAUUCCUUGUUUGUGUCACAAGAAACAUUCCCACAGAGUUGCCAUCUGCCAACCAAGAAGGCCCAAGAAUCACUCUGGGAACACCUUAGUACAAUCGAUGUGUUUAGUGUUGGAAGUCUUCCAUAUGAAACUGCUGGAAAAGAGGCAUCCCCUACGGUUGGAUUAGCAGAUGCGCUUCCCAUCCUUUUAACUGCAGUAGCAGAAGGGCGUUUAACCAUUGAUGACAUUAUUAAGAGGCUGUAUGAGAAUCCAAAGAGGAUCUUCGAAUUGCACGACCAGCCCGAAACCUUUGUGGAAAUUGAAGUUGAUCGCCCGUAUAUUUUCGGGAGCAACGGUAUCUGGUCGCCAUUCGCUGGUAAGACAUUGCGUGGCUCAAUCCAACGUGUUAAUUUCCAAGGAAAGACCGCAUGCCUUGACAAUGAAAUACUCUCAGAUGCGCCCAAAGGUACGGAUAUGUCAUCUCAUACACUAGCGCCACCCCAAUCGCCUUCUGGCAAGGAGCUCUCCCCACGAUCUCCAAUGGCAGUAGGUUCGAUUGGUCGGCGUUUGUCUUUCACAACUACUCCCCAAGCUCGCCCAUCACCGUUAAAACAGGCGGACUCUCUUGCCACGGCCGAUGAACUUGGGCCGCCGCUAUAUGCUACUCCAUCCACAGGGAGAACCCCUUCACUUCAAGAGCUGCUCUCCCGCUCUACAUUUAGGCAUAAACAUAUCCUUUCAGUCAAUCAGUUCAAUAGAACCGAUCUACACUUGCUAUUUACGGUAGCUCAAGAAAUGCGGCUUGGAGUUCAGCGUCAAGGAGUUCUUGACAUUCUCAAGGGUCGCGUUCUAUGUACUUUGUUCUACGAGCCCUCAACCCGCACUUCAGCCUCAUUUGAUACGGCAAUGCAAAGACUAGGUGGUAGGACUGUGCCAAUUGCCACUCAGCACUCCUCCGCUCAAAAGGGUGAAACCUUGCAAGAUACCAUUCGCACCCUUGCUUGUUAUUCUGAUGCCGUUGUCCUCCGUCAUCCCGAAGAGAGUAGUGCGCCCACAGCAGCCAAGUUCUCCCCAGUUCCCAUUAUAAAUGGAGGAAACGGAAGCCAAGAGCACCCUACCCAGGCAUUCCUUGAUCUUUUCACCAUUCGCGAAGAAUUGGGUACCGUCAGUGGAAUUACUGUUACGUUCACGGGUGACCUAAGGCACGGAAGAACCGUGCAUUCUCUCAUCAAGCUACUCCAGUUCUACCAAGUUCGUGUACAACUUGUUUCACCCAAGCCUUUGUCACUGCCAGAUGAUAUUCGCCAGCAGGUUGUUAGGUCUGGCCAGCUCAUCGUUGAAACCAACGAGCUGACUCCGGAAAUUGUUGCUCGCUCUGAUGUCUUGUACUGUACUCGUGUCCAGAAGGAACGUUUUGCGGAUCAAGAAGAGUAUGAGAGGCUCAAGAAUAGCUUUGUCAUUGACAAUGCUAUCAUGAAGCACGCUAAGAGCCAGAUGGUUGUCAUGCAUCCACUCCCAAGGAACGCAGAAAUUGACGAAGAGGUGGACUUUGAUCAGCGUGCUGCUUACUUUAGACAGAUGAGAUAUGGACUCUACUGCCGCAUGGCGUUGUUGGCUUUAGUUAUGGCGCCUUAG